UGAGACAGCAACUUCAACAAGAAUGAUUUAUCCUGGAUCAGCUUAGGAUUUAUCUUCACUCAUAGUUUAGGAUUUGCCCGGGCUCACAGAUUGAUUGGUAAGAAGGCUUAAUGAAGGGAGAGGAAGGCAUCUGGCCACAUUGCACUCACAGGAAGCAUAAAGACAUGAAAACUGGGACUCAACUCUCUUUGUCCUUUUCAUUCAGUGCAGAACCUCAAUGGAGGAAAUAGUGAUGCCUACACUCCAGGCACGUCUUCUGUCUGUUGUUGAACUUCCCUGGAAACAAACUCAGGGAUGUGCCUGGAGACUUGUCCGAUAUACCAGAGGGUACAAGGAACUGGGUGCCUGAGUCUUAUUCUUCUGGGGAUUUUACUGAGGUAAACGGAUAGCAGAGCUAGCUCAUCACAGGUCUCAGCUUGCUUCCAGACCAUCCCCACCCUCCGGCCAGUGAAAACCAAAAACAGACCCAGGAAACCUCGCAGACUCAGCUAUCAGAAAUGAAUGAGGAAAGACCCACUUAUGCAGAGCUGAAAUUAUCCCUGAAGAGUAAGAAGGACAAAACCCAGCCAACUCAGAAAAAGAGAGGUUUUCUUGUUUGUUAUGUAUCCUGCCUGUUGAUCUCAUGCAGAAUAUCCAUGGCGCAUAAGUGUUGUGAUCCUGGGAACAGUAUGUCUUUGUCUUCUGAUGUCAAUCACAGUCUUGGGAUAUCUGUUGUGGACUUAGUUUUUCAGAGGACUUCAAGCUUCAAAAUUCAAUGUGAGAAAUAUGCAAAUGAAAGUGCUGUCUCCUCAAUGAAAGGAGUAGACCCUUCAGGAUUGCCACCGACUACAGGAGCAGGCUGCUACACAUGUCAAGGAGGAUGGCUUUGCUGUGGAGAAAAGUGUUACUACUUUUCAAAAGCAGAAAUGACAUGGGAGGAGAGUGAGGCAUCCUGCGAAUGCCUGGGUUCUAAUCUCGCUAAGAUUGACAGCAGAGAGGAGCAGAACUUUAUUCAGUCACGACUGAAUUACAGCUAUUGGGUUGGAUUACGUCAAAAGGGAGGUCAGUUCCAAUGGGUACACAAUAAGGAUGCAAAACUUUCUUCAGAUUUAGAUUUUCACAUGACAACACAUGUAGCAGAUGCAGCAUGUGGAUACAUCAAGCCAAAAAGUCUCAGCAGUGCUCAAUGUAACAGAUAUUUCCACUACAUUUGUAAAAAGAAUUUUGCCUGCAAGGUAACUUCAGAGAAUUGAUAAAAGCACAGUUUUACUUUUUUUAAAUUCCUUCAUGGCUAUGAGUAAAGUAAAAUACAUGCAAAUUGGUAAACUCUACAUGAUUUAUGAAGCCUUAUUCUCCUGAAUCAAAAGCAAAGUACAGAUUUUUGUAUAGUAAGUGAAAUAAAUUCAAGAAGUAUAUAUAUUAAAAUGGCAAGAAUCAGUAAAUGGAAAAACAUGAAUGACUUGUUUUGGUGAAAGACAUUUAUUUCUCUUAAUCAUCUAGGAAAUUUUAAUUCAAUGUUUGACCACUAUAUUUACACUCUUUAAAAUACAAAAGAAAGCCUUCCCGUCUCCAUCUGUGUCCCAGAGCUAAGGCUAUCCCACAGAUCUCUGUACCCAAAUCUCACCUGGAGAGAUCUGGUCUCCCAGGCAUGGUAUCUCACUCCUACACCCACAGGAGAGACCACCACUUUUGCUCCAAUAACUGUCCAAAAAUAAGUAUCUGCCAGGACUGCACAGGGCACAGGAACCACGGAGCAGCCUGGGACAGGAUCCUUGAAAUCUCCAACUGCACCCUGGAACUAAGGCUGUCCCACAGCUCUCUGUACCCAAAUCCUUCCUGGAGAGAGCUGGUCUGCCCAGGAGUGAUAACACACCCAGUGAAGGAGGUAGAGAAAGAACUGAAGUAGCUGAAGGGGUUUGCAACCCCAUAGGAAGAACAGCAAUUUCAACCAACCAGAAUCUCCAUAUCUCCCAGGGACUAAAAAACCAAAGAGUACUCAUAGAGGGACCCGUGGAUCUAGCCACAUAUGUAGCAGAGGAUGGUAUUGUUGGGCAUCAAUAUGAGGAUCCACCCUUGGUCCUGUGAAGACUCAAUGCCCCAGUGUAGGGGAGUGCCAGGAAGGAGAGAUAGGAGUGAAGAGGUGGGAGUGGAUGCAUCCUCACAGAAGAAGGGGAAGGAGAGGAUGAGAGAGGGGAGAUCCAGAGUGAAAACAAUGAAAGGGGAUAACAUUUGAAAUGUAAAUACAUAAAAUAUCCAAUAAAAAUAAAUUUAAAUAUA